UUCGGCAAACGGUAAUCAACUCGAACGCCAUGUUUCGCGUCGUCCGGAUAAUUUCAACCGUCCGGCAGCUUUUCGAUUGUUCGUCGCGCGUUCCGACAUCCUAUCCGGUCCGGCCGUACUGCGAAACGUGAAGCCGACCGCCCAGCGGAAACACCGGAUUCGCACAGAACCGUGUGUACGACGGACGUGUGGGUCCGCGACGUCGCUUGGCCCGCUGUUACUGUUGGUGUUGGGCCCGCCGGUAAUGGAUAAUGAAUAUGAAAUGGUUUAAUAAGAAACAAAUUAAGUUUCCUGUAACUCUGAAAAUAAUUAAAUUUCAUAUUUAAUAUAUUUUGCAAAAAAUAUAAUUUAGUACUCAAAAUAGCAUAAUGAAUGAAGGAAAGUUGAAUGGUACCAACUUACGUUUGAAGAGAACCAUUUAUGAUGAAGAUAAAACCUACAAAGAUGAACCACCUUUAAAAUCACAACGUUUAUUUUUACAGUUAAAUGAUAACUCAUGUUCAAUAGGACCAGUCAUUGAUUCUCAGUAUGAUGAAAAUUCAGAAAUUACUGAACACAAUUAUGAUAAAAUUGCAGCUACAACUUUGUACAAAAAACUACAGGUAUUGGAAGCUAGAGAUAAAAUUGUACGAGCUAAUACUACUCAACAACCUGUUAAAGAAAUAAAUGUGGAUGAAAUCAAACCAAUGGAAGGUACUUGUCAAGAUAUGUGCCCAGAAAAGGAACGUUUAUUGCGUAUUCAUGGUAAUAUGGUUUCACAGUUUGAAUGUAAAUCAAUAGAUUCAAAAUUGGAACCAAAUUUUGAAAUUAUGGUAAAACAAUAUGCUAGAAGUUCAGCUGAUCAAGCUAAUCCAUUAUCACAUGAGUUGAGGCCAACAUCUGUACUUGUUAAAACAAUGAAUUAUAUGCUCAAAAAUAUAAUUUAUCCUAUUGAAUGUAAUAUUGAUCAAGAUUUAGCUACUUGGUAUGAUUUUUGUUGGGAUCGUUUACGUGCAAUACGUAAAGACAUAGUUCAACAAAAUUUACAGAACCCUGAAGUUAUAACUAUACUGGAACAAAUCGGUCGUUUUCAUAUAGCAUGUUACGAUCUUAUGCUUGGUUAUGACGGUUUUGAUAUAAAGUUAAAUACAGAAAACUUAAAUAACUGCAUUCAAAUGUUGAUGCCUAUGUACAGGGAUUCAGACCACCAAUGCCCAAAUGAACCAGAAUUUGUUUCAUAUGAGUUGCUUAUGCAUUUGGGAAAUCCACAGUUUCAUACUGCAUAUGAUUUAUUACCGAUUCAUAUAAAACAAUCGCCUCAAGUAAGGUUCUGUAUUAAAGCUCACUUCACUUAUUUGCAGUCAAGUGACUGUAUUGGGUUUUUUAAUUUAUUGAAGAGUACAACAUUUAUGAAUUGUUGUAUAUUACAAAGAGUUAUUCCAAAUAUUAGGUACAACAACGUAAAAAUGAUAAAUGUAUCCUAUACUACUAUCAAAAGAGUAUAUAAACUAGACGUGAAAUAUUUGAUGGAAUUAUUGUGUUUUAAUGAUAUACAAUCGGUGCAAGAAUUUUGUUCUGAUAUUGAACUAAAAUGUGAUGACAUUCAUGUAGACCUUUUACGUAAAAUAAUCUUACGUCCUCCCCAGCACAGAAGACAAAAACAAGAAUUUAUAAUUUCUGAAAAGAGAGAAAAUCUAACAUUCUUAAUCUCGGGAAAUAAACAUUUACCUAAUGUUGAAAUUAAUUCAGUUCAUUCAAGUUUUGACAAAAAUGAUUACUAUUAUGAUCCUAAUAAUAAAAAAUCCCAUAAAAGAUUGAAAGAAGAUCUCAAUAAUGAAAUACCAGACACUUUUGUUGAUACAGAUUCUUAUUCUACUUCAAAUUUAAAAGAUAGUUUUCAUUUGAAUAAAAAUCCACAACCAUUUUUAAAUACUACGGAACCAACUCCAGUAUGUGAAGUACCAUCAUACACUUUUAAACUACCCAAGUUUUCACUACCAACACAAGUUCAAACAUCGCUUUCAUAUAUUGAUACACCUCGGAAGUCAUCUUUAAAUACCAUACCUACUCAUCAAAAUUUGUUUUUGAAUCAAAAAAAGUAUUUAACGUAUUCUACUUCAUUUGAUGAAAACACCAUUAUUAAUCAACCAGUGUCAUUUAUUCAAGAUACAUUUAAAAAACCAGCUUCUGAAAGUUCUGUACAUUUUAGUCCUAUUAAAUCACCUCCUUUAACUCAUUUAAAACAAUUGACUGAAAGACAAAUUAGUGUUGCUAAAAAAUAUUUUUAUAAGUGGCAAAAUUAUGUGAGCCAAAAUAAAUCAAAAUAUAUUGAAGAAAUGUUUGCACAUGGUGAACUGUUUCAUCCCGAGUGUAUUUCAUCAUUAUCUUCAUCUCCUUUAUCUGUAAAGUCAUUAAAUGCUGCUUUUGAUUAUGAUAUUCAUGAAGAAUCAAAAAAAUGGCAACAUAAACAAUUUUCUUUAGCAGAAAAAUAUUUCUAUAUUUGGUUACGUAAAGUUCUGCGAAAAAGGAGAAAAGUUGAAAUUGAUCCUGUUAUUGGUAUGCCAUGGGCUGUAUUUAUGCAGGUGCACGGCACACCGGAAGAAACAUUACAUAGUAUGAGCUCAAGUUCAAAGAGGAAAAAAAGGAAUAGAGAUAUUAAACGUGUAAUAACUCAUCCAUUGAAUCAUUACAAAACCAAAAAUGAUGAUAUAAGUAAUCAAAUUGCCAAUAUGUUUGUUAAAAAUGUUAUAGAUGGGAAAAAGGAUAUAUUAAUUGGAAAAAAAAUAUUUUGGAAAUUGGCUGUGAAUUAUGGGCAUUUUCCAGAAUCUUUUCGUAUAGAAGAUAAGGUGCAGGCUAUUAUUUACGGUAAAAUAGGAUUCAAAAACAAUCAAGUACAAAUUUUACAUACUGAUUACAACAAAUAUUUUAUCAAAUCUGUACUAAGUUACAAUGGGCUAUUCAAGUGGACCAAAAGUGGUUUAAAUGCAGCUCUCAUUUUCACUAAUACAGUUAAAGAAAAUAUUGAAUCAUUAUUCAAACGUGUAGAUUCAAUUUUGAAGUCAACUCCAUCAGCCAUACCAUUGGUCAUUGUAUUUUCUUCUAAUUCAGAUAAAAAUGAAAUUGAAAAUUAUCAGUCUGUGUUGGAUGCUUACCGCGAAAAUGAUUAUAUUAACAAUUUUUGUAUUUAUAUGUGGGAAGGACCAAAAACCAUUUUAGAAGCCAUUGAAUUCUUCUCCAAAAAUUAUGUGGAUCCUAUAUCUGGUGUACGUUCAGAAAAAUUAUUCUAUAAUUUACUAAAUUUUGCUCUUACUUUCUUUUUAAAAAUGCGAAAUUCAUUGCCUGAAGAUAAUCCAGUUAUUAUUAUUGAAAAAUAUAAUCAAUACUUGGAUGCUUACAUUAAACGAUUGGGCAGAAAUAAUCAUGUGUUAAAGUAUAUGAUACCUGAAUUCAUCCCUUACUAUGCUCAAAAUCCAGAUGAGUUUUCAGAAAAAUUUUCUAACUUGAAUUUGAAUUAUUUUGAAGAUUUACUUAAUGGCGCUCAACUGUUACCAUGUGAACCGUGGCCGCCCCAAAAUGUUGAUGAUUUAAUUGACUAUGUGAAAAAUAUGUGUUGCCUUACGAACCGUAGAUGUUGGUGUCUAGACAUGUUGCAAAUGCUUCAAUUACAUAGAAAAGCCGAUUUGCAUUAUUGUUUAUUAAAUGCUAAUUGGUAUGAAGUAAUUGAAAUGUGGAUUGAAGGAGCGCUAGAAAAGUGUUCAGCUGCUCAAGAUAAUUUUACAGUAUUUUACAAUGAUGACCCAAUUACAGAAGCACUAAACAUUGAGUUCCCAAAUUCUUAAAUAAUGAAAGCUUUGGUUUGUGGAAAAUUUAUUUAACAAAAUUAUGUUAACUAUUGUUUAUGUUUUAUGUACAAUUUGUAAAUAUAAUUAUG